GAGUUAAUUUUUCUCUUUAGCAUGGAUUUGGUUGAGGAUCAUGAUAUUGUGAUAACAAGCUCUGUUGACUGCACUGUAAGGCUGUGGACAACUGAAGGCCACUACAUUGGUACUCUUGGUCAGAGUGAUGUUUGGGAUAUAUAUAAUCCAUCAACAUUCACCUAUCCUAUGGUUCCUUAUGAUGUGUUAGUGGAUCCAUUAAGCAUGCCAUCUCAUCCGGUACUAGAUAUUAAAACGUCAACGGAAGAAGUUAUUCAUGCAGACUCAGAGGAUGGGGACUCAACUAAUGGAAGCAGCGGUAAUGAUGAAGAAAAGGUGGAAGUGAGCAGUGUGGUAUUUAGUAGCAAAUCUACAUUCCAUUAUGAUGAUACAAUGAUAGCCAAUGAACUGAAGACCAAGCCUUUUGACAACAGCUGUGGAAAAAGAUUACGGCAUGAAAGAUUGAAAGCAAACCCCAAAGAUCGAGGAGGACCAAAUGCAUACCAGAAGCUAAAGUGUUUCAGCUUGGAUGACACACCUCCAAUAACUCAUCCAAGCAAAAAUAGAGAAAAGAUACAAGAUCCUAUUGGCUUUCACCUGUAAAACAAUUGGAAUUGUUUUAAUGUUAAUGUGCAAUUCAUUGAUUGAAAGAAAAUAAUUGUUGACUCUAUAUAAAAGAUGAAAUCUAUUGAUAUAUUUUGCUACAAGAUUAGU